AUGUGCGCGGAUGCCGUCCCUGAAGCGCUUGCGCUAGGCACACAUACCGUCGUACUACACCGAGAAGAAUACGAGACGCUCGUUCAGAUAUCACUACAGUACGAAAGUCUCAAACAGAAUCUGAUCCAAGGCGGUGUUUCAUACGAGGCAAUCGUGCUUCUCAGCAACAGCUCGCCGUCCGUUCCUCCCGCAGACACGACGACCACCACACCGGAGACCGAGUACGUAGAGGGCUUCCACGAGAAGGGAACAAUUAGUUCCGAGUCUUCUGAUGAGAGUGGCGUUCAUGGGCUCUACAGAGGAAGCGAAGAUAAUGUGUGGGACAACGCAGACAGCCUCUCAGAGGAUGAGGACUUCCUCCCAGACGUGCAAUCCUGGUCACAGGAGCCUCAAGCAUACGUAAAGUCGAGCCCAGAAGACACACCAGAGCAGCCAGACCGUGUUGCUCGGCGCACUCUUCUACUGUCCAAUCUUGCCGAAGGCACUCGCCAUGCAGACAUCACCGCAGCAGUACGCGGUGGCAGGCUUGUGGAUGUUUUUGUGUGGCACAGAGAUCGCAAGGCCACUGUCUCUUUUUGUGUCGGAAGUGAUGCCGCGGACUUUUACAGGUUUGUGUGCAAGAAUGACCUCUAUAUCAAACAAAAGAGGGUCGAGGUCUCAUGGAACCUCCGCCAGUAUCAUCUCUCCGGCAUAGUAGCAUGGCGCGUCAAGAACGGAGGGACGCGAAAUCUUGUCAUCCGUGCGUAUAGACAUGAAAAGAGCGAGAAGGCAAUCCGCGAUGAUCUCGAUCAUAUUCACAACCUCGUCGUGAUCAAGGUUGAGUUCAACAACGGUGACUGCUACAUCAGUACCAACUCUAUCUCGGCAGCGUCUUUUGCCAAGACCUGUAUGAUGAGCCGAUUAAAGUACAAGGGAAGUCGUAUCGACUUCGCUGCAGACGAAUGCGCGCAGCCUCUGGAGAGCAUACCGUGUCCUAUAGCAUCACGUCCAGACGGCGCCAAGGACUUUCAGGCAAAUGCGAACGUAAAUAGGUUCGCCUUGCUCGACGUGGCUGGAUUCUGA